AUGUCCUCUACCACUACUCCCGUUGAGAAGUGGAAUUCCCGAUUUGCCGGGGCCGUCCCCCACAACACUGACUACUAUCUGAAGUGCCUGGCUGGCGGCGCUUUGGCCUGCGGCACGACCCAUACUAUGAUGACCCCUAUUGAUGUCGUUAAAGUGAACAUGCAAGUGAACCCUUCUAAGUACCGUGGCCUUUUGUCGGGUCUUGGGACUCUGACAGCCGAGGAGGGUAUCCGUUCCGGUGCCCUAAAGGGCGCUGCUCCCACAUGCAUUGGGUACAGUUUCCAGGGUAUGUUCAAGUUCGGUCUGAACGAAGUCUUCAAGGACCAGUACAACACUCUCGUUGGCGAGGAAAACUCCAUCAAGUAUCGUGGUCUCAUCUGGGCCGCUGCUGCUGCCAGCGCUGAGUUUUUCGCUGAU